AUGAAUCUAGAAAGUGGCAUCAAGCAGAGGAGCGCUCCAUCAUCUUCCGCCUCUGUUCUCAGUCCGCAAAUCACUUCGCAAACUAAUCCGAGUGAACAGAGAAACAUUUGGCGAAGAGUGAAUAUCCAUGUAUCGGAACAGAAGUCAGAGCAGGAAAAAAAUUGGAAACAACGAAAUACCUACCAUAUUUCACAGGGAAUCGAAUUCUGGGAGGAUGAAGAUGAACAAGGAUGGGAAACAAUCGAUAUCGGUGGUAAAAACGAGAAUGAAGCUAAAUGGCCAGUUGAAAAAGCGAUUACCAAUAGUGCCCAGAUUGAAUCUGGUAUUGCUUUUUUUCUCUUGGCACUGAUACCAAUAGUCGGCGCUGCAGCCCUCACAUUAUGCACAGCAAUUUACAACGCGGCAUCGGCUGUUGGAGUAAUUACGGCAGCGAUCAAUAUAUAUUCUUUCGAUGACAAUCAGCCGUCUUCACUCAGUUAUUUCAUUCAAGUGGCGGGUAUUGUUGCGAUUGUUCAGACUGCUUCAUUCGGAAUAAUUCUGAUCUUUUAUUUCAAGCUACUGGCUUCUGCUACAACUACCAAUUAUCCAAAACGUACUGUAUUAUUCUUAAAUUGUCGGAAAGAAAAAAACGGAAUUUUUGCAUCACUUACGAUCAGUAGAAUGAAAGAAGCAAUCUUUUCUGUAACAUUGUCACGACCAGUAUCUGACCAGUCGUUGGAAGAAGAAAGCCUAACUGGAGAUGUUUAUUUAGAAAGUGGUAUCAAGCAGAAAAGCGCUCCAACACCUUCCGCUUCUAUUCGCAAUUCGCAAAUCACUUCGCAAACUAAUCAUUCCGCAAGUGAAGAUUCUGUUCUCCAGAAUGUGCGACAAUUUGCUAGGGCAAGAGAGCAACGAAAUAGGCAACUGCAAACUACGCAAGAAAUAGAUAAACUUUUCAUUAUAUCGUUGAUCUGGUUUGGAAUACAGAUAAUUGCUGCAUUUAUCUGUAUUGGCUUUUCUCUACAUCAGGUUGCCAAUAAUGCUCAAAUUGAAUCAGCUAUUGCUUUUCUUCUCUUAGCAAUGUUACCAAUGGUCGGUGCUGUUGGUGGUAUAUUUUCUGCCUUGACGAAAAAUCAAACCUUUACAAUGUGCAUAGUGAUUUAUAACGUGGCAUCGGUCGUUGGAGUAAUUACGGCAAUGAUCAAUGUGUACUCAUUCGAAGUCAAUCAACCAUUUUCUCUCAGUGGUUUCAUUCAGGUGGCGGGUGUUGUUGCGAUUGUUCAGACAGUUUCGUUCGGAAUAGUUCUGGUCCUCUAUUUCAAGCUAUUGGCUUCUGCUGCAACUAUAAUUUAUCCAGAACGUUCUGUUUUGUAUCGAGCAAGUGGAGAAGAAAGCUUGACUGGAGACGUGUAUCUAGAAAAUGGUAUCAUGCAGAAGAGUGCUCCAUCAUCUUCCAUCUCUGUUCCCAGUCCGCAAGUCACUUCGACAACUAUUCCGAAUGAACAGAGAAACAUUUCGGAGCGGAGAUUGAAUAUCCGUAUGCCGGAACAGAAAUUAGAGCAGAAAAAGUAUUGGGAAUAUCGAAAUGUCUACCAUAUACCAGUUCCACAGGGAAUCGAAUUCUGGGACAACGAAGAUAAGAAACGAUGGGAGAUGAUCAAUAUCGGCGGUUUAGACGAGAGUGAAGCUAAUCGGCAAAUUAGAAGAGAGAAAAUGCAACAAUUUGCCAAGGCAAGACAACAGGAAACCAGAAAAUUGCAAACUGCAGUAGGAAUGAAAAAGUUUUUCAUUAUGGCGUUGCUCUGUUUUGGAAUACAGAUAAUUACUGCAUUUGCCUGUAUUGGCUUUUCUAUACAACAGUUUACUAAUAACGCUCAGAUUCAAUCUGGUAUUGCAUUUCUUCUUUUGGCAAUGAUACCAAUGGUCGGUGCUGUUGGUGGUAUAUUUUCUGCCUUGACGAAAAAUCAAACCUUCACAAUGUGUACAGCAAUUUAUAACGUGGCAUCGGUUGUUGGAGUAAUUACGGCAGUGAUCAAUGUGUACUCUUUCGAAGUCAAUCAGCCAUUUUCUCUCAGUGGUUUCAUUCCAGUGGCCAGUGUUGUUGCGAUUGUUCAGAUUGUUUCAUUCGUGGUAUUUCUGGUCCUUUACUUCAAGCUAUUAGCUUGUACUACAGCUAUAAUUUAUCCAGAGAGUUCUGUUUUGUAUCAUGCAAAUGCAGAAGUGCAACGAAGUGAUAGAGGAUUAUAUCAUAAACAAAAUAAAUUAAAAGAACGUAAGAAAAUUGAACUUGAAUUAGACGAGAAAACUAAAGAUGUCACUCAGAAAUAUAAACAGUAUUUACAAAAAAAGAGUCAAAUUGCCGAAAAAUCUGAAAAGAGCGAAGUUCAAGAAGAAGGAUCAUUUGAAGAAAAUCCAGUUGCAGAAAAGCAAAUUACUGAGCCACCUGGAUCGAGAGAAGUAAAAAAGUAG